AUUGUGUAAUUUUCCAAGUCAUGUGUGACUCAAAAGACCUCCAUUAAAAAAAAAAAAAAAUCUUCAUCGAAAUGUUGUCGAGCUUUCCAUUGAACAGCAAUCGUCCAUAGAAAAUAGACUUUCCUGAUCGUGUAUCUGACAUUUCUGUGUCUCCGAGAAAAUUCUGUCAAUUACAAUCUGCGAACCAUGGCAUAUGUUGAAAAUGGGAUGGUGAAGGAAAAGCGUCCUGUAUGGAGGCUGAGUUACUUAUUUAGGCUCUUUUGGUCCAUACUUAAUCUCAUUGGGAUUUUCAUUACAACAAUGCUCUCAACCAUAAGAAGCAAGAUGCAUCGAAUCCUUUGUGACGAAGGCCCCCACCGAACAUUAAAUUUUGUCAGAUGGAUGCAACACAACAAUAUAAGAAAAAAUUUGGAUCACGUGGGGGUAGUUGGGAUGGUGGUUCUGGUGGAAGUGGUUCAAGUGGUGGUCAUGGUCCUCCUAGACCACCUCGUGGCUUGGAUAGUGUGCAAGAAAUUGAUCAAAGUUCUACUCCUACACGUGACUCUUGUUGUGUCACAUAUCAAAGAAUUGAAUCACUUUAAGGUUGAGUACGAGAUUGGUAACUCUUAUAACACAAUAAAUGGAUUCUAAUUGUGUGGUAAUUCAAAAACAUUCUCACUAAAUCAUGUAAUGAUUGAUAAGGAGUGGAAAUUUCUCAACUUAAAUGUAGAAUAAGUAAAUAUUAUAAAAUCUUUAAGCAUUGUUAAAAUAAUAUUAGAGAAUAAAAAUUAUAUUUGAGAUUGUGCA